UUUCAUUAUGCGAAUUCUAGCCGUAAUUGUUUUAAAACACACGGAGCGCAAUAGAAAAAAUGUAGGAAGGACCGAAAUCAGAAACAUAAAGACAACAGACUUCUGUAAACGAGAACGAGAUUUUAGUGUAAUGUUUUCGCUCGUCCAGUGAUGUGGAUGGAGAUGGUUUGAUUUCUAGACAUCAUGUGUGUGUUCGUGUGUUUUGUAGGAUUAUUUAUUUUUCUUCACUAAAUCAGUCAAGAUCAGAUCAGUGAGAUGUUUGUAGGGUAGUGAGGGCAGUGUGUUAAACAGCCUCUCUGAAACAAAAGAUACGACAGUGCCAGCUACUUUAGCUUAACACUGAUACAAACAAUAACACUGGUUACACAUAAUUCAUACAGCGAAGAACUGUGCUGCUGCUUUAUUGUAAAUAUGAAUUUAUAACUGAGGUCAUACACAUACACCCUUCAGAAUCUGCAAAAGGUGAAAACAUGGAUGUGGAUGUGGUGAGUUUCCGUUUGCCUGGACAUGGGGAUACCGCCUUGAGUAACAUGAACUUCCUGCGGACACAGCAGCACUUCUGUGAUGUCACCAUUGUGGCGGGAGGCAGGCGCAUGUUCAAGGGUCAUAAGGUUGUACUUGCUGCUUGCUCUGUGUUUCUCAGGGACCAGUUUCUCAUGAACCCCUCAUCAGAGCUACAGGUGUCAAUGUUGCACAGCUCAGCGGUGGUAUGUGAACUCCUCCAGUCCUGUUACACAGGGAUGCUGCAGUUCAGUGCCAAAGAGAUUGUGAACUACCUGACUGCAGCCAGCUACCUGCAGAUGGAGCAUGUGGUGGAGAAAUGCAGAGGAGCCCUGAGCCAGUACAUGCAGCCCCAGAGUUGCAGCCCAGUUGUGAAUGUCUCAACUUCAAACAAGUCUAUUCAGACUGUGAAAUCAGAAGAUUUUCCGUCAAUGCCAGUGAUUGUCAGUGUCAGAGGAUCAGAUGCAUCUGGCCACUUUGAGGGAGAGGACGAGCCUGAGAGUGACAUCAUUCAGGUACAGAUCAACGAUGAACUUCCAGACACAGAGAAGCCCCCCAGUGCUGAGGAGGAAGACAGAGAAGCUAUUGUCGUGUUAGAUGACCAUGAACAGCCAGACACUGUAGAGGAGCCCAAUAUGGAGGGUCAAGCCAAAGGCAACGGCUUCAGAGGGACAGGCCGCAUGUGGAGACGACGACACAGAGAGCACAGUGGAGGCAGAGGAAGAGGCUUUAAACACAGAAAGCGGUACAUAUUCAAAGACCGCAAGCAUUUGGGUAACUACCAGGAUUAUCAGGAGCACCUUCCACCACCAGAUGAGACCAUGAGUAAUUUUGGAGUGGACUUUCAGUCCAGUUACAAAUCCAAUCAGCAUCUCACAGAUGGUUCUGUCUUUGUUGAGUACAGGCCUGGAGAGGGACAAGGAGAAGAGAUCGGCUCUGAUGGAGGUCCUGCACUCUUUAAUGUGGAAGCUUCCAGUGUGGAAGUUGGGACACAUGCAAAUGAACAUGGAGCUGCUGACGAGUCCGUAGCAGUGGUGGGAUCCACAUCCUGCGUAACGGGACCAGUGGUGUGUGAGCAUUGCGGACUAGCGCUUUGCUCAUUGCAGGACUUAGCCAUGCAUUCCCUGGUGUCACACCGGCUGUAUGUGUGUCCAUGCUGCGGGAAGCAGUUCAGCCACUUUAAUAUCCUCAACCGUCACAUGAUUGUCCACCGUGGAGUUUCCAAGCUCCACUGUUGCCCCCUAUGCCAAAAAACCUUCACUCAAAAGUCAACACUGUAUGACCACAUGAAUGUACACAGCGGGGAGCGGCCAUAUGUGUGUGCAUACUGCCGCGUCAGCUUUGCCCACAGAUCUGCUCUACGUCGUCACCUAAUGGAGCAACACGGAAAGACCAUGCCCCAAAACCACCUGGAGAUGCAGCGAAACAAUAUGGGUGAUGUUGGGCUAGGGGUUUAGAUCAAAUUGAAAAUUAUAAUGAAAAUUAAAUUUGACAUUAUUUUUUUUUUUAAUACACUUCUAUUUUUAAUUUGCACAGCCAUAGAAAUGUCUUCAAAAUCAAUAUGUAAUAACUAUGCAUUUGAGCUCUAUAUCCUGGAAUGAAUGAGUGAGAGUUUGCCCAAAAAUGAAAAUUCUGUCAUGUUUUAUUCAACCUCUUGUCAUUUCAAACUUGUGACUUUCUCGACUGUCUUUCUACUGUGAAAUACAAAUAUUUAUUUAAUGGUUCUUGUCCAUGUUAUAAAAAUUACUGGGGUCCAAAAAUUGUGACUCUAUUAUUACAGGUGCCUGUUGGGCAUUACUGCAUGCUCCAUCAGUGCCUUCGGUCCAGCUGUGAUCUUUAAUAGAUAUUUGCCUCAUCAAUCACAGGACUUCUUCUGGUGGUGGGACAAUGGUCAGGAACAUCACCUAUUUUACAUUAUUACAUGUCAGACUAAUGUCUACAUAAGAUACAUAUCAGACAGUGCAUUUACCCAUUGGCUUUUGUAAUGGGUAAAUGCUUUGCUAAGACUUUGUUUCUUACUGCUGAAAUAUUGUUGCAUUUUCUCUCUCUUAAAAAACUUUGUUUUAAUAGCUUCCCCCAUAUUUAUUCAUACGAGUAAUGUUGUAUCUCAUGGGAGAAAAAAAAAAUAAUGGAAAAUUCUAAAAGAAUGGUGUGUUUCACAUUAAAUCUGAUAUAAUGUUACUCCUUUUAGUAUGCAGUGAGUUUAUAUAACAGUGCAUGCCUCUGUAUUUGUGUUCUUAGUAUUCUGUUUCCCUUUAGGCAAAACUAGCACUGGAAGGUCUGAACUAGAGCUCAUUUCAUCAAUACCAUCUAACGUUGUGGAUUGUUGCGGGGGUAGGCUUGUUCUGGUCUGCAGUAAAUCAGUUUUUAUCCACAAAGCUCAUAUUUGCUUGAUGUCACCUCUAAAAAUUCAAAAACAGAUUUAUAGUUUCUG